GCAGCGUCCCCGCCCGGCGCGCGCGCCGCCGCAGACGCGCAGGCGGCGGAGCGGGAGGCCGGGCUGAGCCGGGUCGGGGACGGCUCGGUGGGCGACUGGCUUGGGGUUGACCUGCGGUCGCCCAAUCACGGCGCCUCAGGGCAGCGGCAGCAGCAGCAGCAGCAGCAGCAUGGAUGA